AUGGCGGCUUUUGUCUUUAAGAACCUGGAGGAUAUUGAGAAGGUAACCGAUGCAUUGGCGGGAAUGCUCAAUAACAAUCUGGCCUUGUUCAAGUUUGGAUUAAUAAUAUGGCUGCACAAGGAUAUAAGCCGCAUAAUUAACAAUUUGCAGAGUAUUCUGGCAACAGAGUGCGAGAGUGAGAUUCCAGCUGAAAUUAUAAAUCAGGAGAAUCAGCGGGAACAGCGAAUUAGCGGUUUCUAUUCCAGCUGCUUUGUGCUAGCCGGAAUUCUAAGCGCCUUGAAGCCCAUUAUGAGAGUUGGAUUUAUCUUCUUAAGCACUGGCGAAGUUUUUCUGGAGAUGAACAUUCCUAGCGCUUAUCCUUGGGACAAUCAAAAGCCCUACAACUAUCUGCUAUCCUGGUCAUUGCUAAGUGCUGCCAGUUUUGUCGCAUUGUUCAAGACGGCGCAGCAUAAAAUUCAGCUAAUUGUGGGGAAAACUCCACAGGAAACUCAGGACCGACUGCACUCCACACUUCAUCUCUACAAAGUCGGUCUUGAAAUUAGCGAGGCAUUGAAAUAUUAUUUCCGCCUCCUCAUCUGCAUUCAAUUGGUGAUGGCCUCAAUUCACUUAUGCGUACUCAGCUAUACCCUUUCAAUUAGCUUUGGACAGUCACAGAUGCUCUUCUACAUCGUGUUUGGAAUCGCAAUCCUGGUACAACUCUACCUAUAUUGUCAGUGUGGUGAAUAUCUGAAGACAGAGAGCAGUGAAUUCGCCAGAGCCAUCUACGAUAGUCCCUGGUACGAGGCAACUGUAAUCAAUCCAUCCGUUGGACGUUCUCUACAAAUCGCAAUGAUGAGAGCCCAACGGGGAAGUCACAUUGACGGUUACUUUUUUGAGGCCAACAUGGAGGUUUUUCUGUCGAUUGUUAUGACAGCCGGAUCAUAUUUCACUUUACUACAGUCACUUUCUUAAAAAAAU